CGAGCACCAAGUUGCGAGCGGUUCCGGCACCCUUUUCAUUCACCGCAGAGUAGAGUAGGGGAGCGGGAAGAUUGUGGACAAUGUGGGAAGGCUUUGCAUUAUUUCGACUUCGAUGUUCGGGGAUCUAAAGGCAUACCGUGGGACUCGCAGUUCUCUUGGGACGAGCAGGCUCGUGUCCUGAUGAACCACCUCCUGUUGGAUGGGUCACUCACGGACGCCAUAGACCGAGAGUAUACGGAAGCUUUAGAAUCCGCUACGGAUCAUAUUGGGCCACGGCGUGUUCCCAGUACGCUUCCCCUACGUCAGGCUAUUCUGGUCUAUGUGCAUCAAAUGUACGGUAUAGCCCAUCACGAUUACGAUUAUACUCAGCAGAAUAAGUUUUUCACGUUGCUGCAGAAGGUUGUAUUGAAGAAACUAGUGUGCUACCCAGAGCGGUUUUCUAAAGCUGAUUUCGGUCGCUUCAUGGACAUCGAACAGUUGGAGUUCUGGGAGAUGGCAGACUAUGUUUAUCUUAUAUUCCAAGCCCGUCGCGUGGUGGAACUGACGUACGCUCUGCGAGCUCUCAACGAAGCUAUGUCGGCCUUAGAUAGUCAGCUGUGCCAACGAUAGGGUUGUCUCCUCGAAGGUUGCUUGAAGGAACUUCCUUCUCCAGCUCUACUGAACGCAUUACUGAAACUUGGUUGAGGCACUGUGUCGUCUCGCCUAUGCAAUCGCGGGCGAAGGGGACGUACGUCCUCGGUAUACCAUCGCCACCAUGGUUACAUUUAUGACCCCCACCAUCGUUUCACUAGUAUGGCUCGCCAAUCACCGACGACACUUAUUCGACGUCAUAAUUAUGUUAUCUUAUAGACACUUGAUGAGGGCGUAGUAUCAAGUUCCCUCAGCACAGGUGUGGGAAUGUGUAACAAGGAU